UGCUGCAUUUGCAUCCAUAUACAUAUCCGCGAUGGCUAACAGCGGCCUUAUCGUGAGCUUCGGCGAGAUGCUGAUCGACAUGGUGCCGACAGUGACGGGAGUGUCGCUCGCGGAGGCGCCGGGGUUCGUGAAGGCGCCGGGAGGCGCGCCGGCCAACGUGGCCAUAGCCGCCGCUCGGCUCGGCGGGAACACGGCCUUCGUGGGGAAGCUAGGCGACGACGAGUUCGGGCUGCUGCUCGCCGGAAUACUGAAAGAGAACGGCGUCUCCACCGAAGGCGUCUGCUUCGACAAGGUUGCGAGGACCGCGCUGGCCUUCGUGACUCUACGCGCCGAUGGGGAGCGUGAGUUCAUGUUCUAUAGAAAUCCUAGCGCCGACAUGCUUCUCACUCCGCCCGAACUCAAUCUCCCACUUAUUAGAUCUGCGAAGAUAUUCCAUUUUGGAUCGAUAAGCCUGAUUGGGGAGCCAUGUAGAUCGGCACAUCUGAAAGCGAUGAAGGAGGCGAAGGACGCGGGAGCGCUGCUGUCGUACGACCCGAACCUGCGGCUGCCGCUCUGGCCUUCGGCGGAGGAGGCUCGGGAAGGGAUGCUGAGUGUGUGGGACAAGGCUGAUGUGAUAAAGAUGAGCGAUGAUGAGCUGUGCUUCCUCACACAAAACUCCAGCCUCGAUGAUGAAUCUGCACUGUCGCUUUGGCGCCCCAACUUGAAGCUUCUUCUUCUCACUCUUGGGAAAAAGGGGUGUCGAUACUACACCAAGAAUUUCAAGGGAGCAGUGGAAGGUUAUAGUCUAAAGAGGGUGGACACAACCGGAGCAGGCGAUGCUUUUAUGGGAGCCCUCCUACGUAAAAUCGUGGAUGAUCUUUCCAUCAUCGAGGAUGAGGAGAGGCUGAAAGAGGUGGUUCGGUAUGCAAGUGCGUGCGGAGCUAUCACGACAACUAAGAAGGGAGCCAUCCCAGCUCUUCCUUCUCACUCUCAAGUCCUCACUCUUCUCAACCAAGAUCAUAACAGGAAAAACCAUUUCGGCUUUACAAACUGUUUUCCCUUUGCCAACAAAAACAACUAAUAAACCAAUGAUCUUCUACUGUAUUUUUCUUAUUCAAUAUCUUAUGUACGUGUGAAAUUUAUCAAAUUGUAAGUCGUGUUGUGUACCAUGCAUCUUCUAAUUCAAUAAAGGCACAUAUAGUGUAUGAUUGAGCAGGA